GUCAGGGGUCAGGAAGCUGCAGCUCCAGGGAAUGUGAGCAUGCGCACCCCGUACCUAUGAGGUUCCAAAUGGUGACAGUUAGAAACAGAGUCGGUUCCGGGAUUUGGAGCUGCUUGGUCGCUAUGAUUUAAGCUAUUAGAUGUUCACUAGGGUAAUAAACCGUGCCAGCAGGAAAUGAUCUGCGGCCUGUUGUAAAACCUGCUUUCCUGGAACAGGGACAAUAUUACGGAAGUACCGCGAAGCCAGGCUUUAAUCUGUCUGCGGCUUUUCACUGGCAGCUUCAGCUCGGAUUGACAGCACAUUACUGCUUGGAAAUGGCAGUGAGACGGUCUGUAAUUUCUCUGCUCAUGUUUUGUUGUGGGUUGGGAUUAGGAUUUGUCAUCUGCCAUCUAGCGAUUAGUGCAAUAAAUAAAGAAGCACCCCAGCACAACCACCUGCUUCUCAAUGACCCUCAUGGCCACUUGGAGGACUCUCACCACCACCAACCCCAUCAACAUCUUCAAGGAGAGAUGAACUUUAAUGCUGAUGUCAGUCAACAUAAAGAUGAAAACAGAAGUGUUGCGGAUGAGCUAUACAAGAGAGUACGAAUCCUCUGCUGGGUGAUGACUGGGCCUCAGAACCUAGCCACAAAGGCCAAACAUGUCAAAGCCACUUGGAGCAAAAAAUGUAACGUUGUGCUUUUCAUGAGCUCAGAAGAAGACAAAAAUUUCCCUACAGUGGGACUGGGCGUUAAAGAAGGCAGGGACCAGUUAUAUUGGAAAACUAUCAAAGCUUUUCAGUAUGUUCAUGAGCAUCACUUGAAUGAUGCUGAUUGGUUUAUGAAAGCAGAUGAUGACACUUAUGUGAUUGUUGACAAUUUGCGCUGGCUGCUUUCAAAGUACUCCCCUGAUCAGCCUAUAUUCUUUGGAAGAAAAUUUAAGCCAUAUGUUAAGCAAGGAUACAUGAGUGGUGGAGCUGGGUAUGUUUUAAGCAAGGAAGCACUGAAAAGAUUUGUUGAUGCCUUCAAGACAGGGAAAUGCACUCAUUUUACAUCUACUGAAGAUUUAGCCAUGGGGAAAUGUAUGGAAACCGUUAAUGUAGAAGCUGGUGAUUCCAGAGACACAAAUAAAAAAGAAACUUUUCAUCCUUUUCCACCGGAGCAUCAUUUGUCAAAAAGUUACCUACCCAAAACUUUCUGGUACUGGAACUAUUGUUUCUAUCCUGCUGAGGAGGGUCCUGGAUGCUGUUCUGAUCUGGCAGUGUCAUUUCACUACAUUGAUCCCAAGACCAUGUACUAUUUGGAAUACAUGACUUACCAUCUACGACCUUAUGGCUACAGGUUUAGGUAUAAUCCAGACUCCCUACCAAAGAAGCUGGAGUAAACAAAAUCAGUUCUGUACUGGUUCUGUUUCAGACAUACAGCAAUUAAAGAAGUUGUAAACAUGCAAAUGUUAGAAAUUAAUGAUGAAGACUUUGAUAAUCAUCAAAAAUGUUUUAGAACUUCUCUUCAUGCAAGUUACACUGGACCAUACAAGCCUUACAAUGCAACAGAAUUAUAUGUAAGGUUAGAAUUCACAUGAAUGGAAAUUAAUAGCUGAUGGCACCAAUCAGAUUACUUUCAAUUGUAUUUUCUGCUGGCUUGAAGUAGCUAGCAAAAAAUUUUGUAUCAUUAUAAAUAAAAGCAUUUAUAGCUCUCCCAUGGCUUAGUGGAAAAUAUACUACCUUGACUCUUGGUGUUUAGUCACAGAGUAGAAAUGUAACUAAAUUAAUUGCCAGACUUAGCUGAGUUACCUAAACUCAGCAACAGUUGAGACCACCACAGUUGGCUUCAGUUUUGCUGGGCUAGGAAGGAUUAAGAACAUUCAGAUUUUCGAUUUCUGAUCACAGUGAUUCCUGCUGGAAACAUGCACAUUGGAUGGAAAUAAGAUCAGAUAGUGACAUUUGUAGGUGAACAACUGCUCUGUGUCACACACCUAAAUGGCCAUUUGGGACAACACUGGAGAACUGCAAUAGUUUUUGGAACUGUACCCCCCGUAAGACUCAAGACAGAAGGGGUAAUGAAGGGUAGGAUAUUUGGUGGAACCAUAAAAAUUUAAUCUUUGCCAUUACAUAUGUUGUCCAGGUGGUAAUUAAUGAUCAUACAUACAUAAUUGAAGUUAAAAGUGACUUUUUGGAAGUUUGGGGGUAAAUUUAACAUCAGUGGAAAUAAAAAAUGGGGAGAAAUGUAAAAUGGGCUGCCAGUUCACUAUCACCCAUUUAUACCAUCUCACACAGUCAAGAUUAUCGCCAUAGAAUCUUGCAUUUUGCCUUUUUGUACCUGUGACAACUAGAGCUAUCCAAUUAGUUAUUCUCCUCUGCACUCUUCCUAUAGCCUUGCAAUAUUUACUUUUAUUUUUUAAAUAUUAAACCUAUAACAGGUACUGCACUCAGUUUAAAGUUGCAUUUGUGAAAUCAGUGUCUUUAGCCUGAAUAUGUUGAGGGCCACCCAGGAUUGACUUUAUAGCAUAGAAACAGGCUAUUUUGUCUGCCUAUGCAAAUUUUUCACUUCAUGAAGUAAUUUGUUCAAUCCCACAAUUUUUUCUCCAACCAUGCCCUCCUAACAUUUCUAAUGUCAAAAACCUAUCUAAUUCCCAAAGAUUUGAUGAACUCUGCUUCCAUAUGGGUUUAGAGAAUAUAAUAUUCUAACCACCUGUUUGUAAAGACAUUUUUAAAGCUCUUCAAUUUGCCUUAAACAAUGCCACACCUCAGAAAUCAUUUUUUUAAAGCAACAUGGAUUAGGCAUGCAUCUAUGUAAUCUGAAAAUACACUUUAUGACUGUUAAGUUAAAAGCUGCAGAUUUCCUACUUUUAAAUUAUACCACUACAGUUGUUGGAUUUGGUAUUGAAUCUCUAAUAAAAAAAAGAAAUUAGAUUUAGGAACAUUUGAUGACAGGGAUUAAGUUUUGUACCAGUCUGAAUAAUUCAUUGAAUAGAAAUGUUCUGGUUCUUGUUCUCUUAUCUGAAAGCAAACAAGUCUACUACCAAGCAAUUUGUAAAUAACAUGAACAUGCUUUUAACACCAAUGUCAAAGUCAUCUCACUAUGUAAGCUAAUGAUUGGAGUUGGAAAUUGGUAUUGAUUCGGAUUUUCAAUUCUCACUUGUAUAAAGGAGAGUAUUUUAUACAAAUGCACUACCUGUAUAUAGAUUCUGGGAAAAUAUUUGACUUUUCGUAUGUCUGGGUGCCCUGUUUACACAGCUCAUAUGGGGAUUAUCUCUUAAUUUUAAAUAAAUGAUUUUGUGGUUGAUUUUGUGAGAGAUGGAAAACAUGAUGUGAAAUGUUUUUGGAGUAACAGUGUAAUUGCUGUGCACUACACAUUUUAAUGGAUACAAAAAUACUCUUCUAUGCAUGCUUAUUUAAUGUUAUUGUUUGUAAAGAUGAGCUGAAUGAAUAACUUUGUUCAGUGUCACUGCACAAUUGUUAAUUAGUAGAAACUAUCCAAUAUCUACAGUAUUAACUGACCUCUUCCAUGCAUUAUUUUCCACCUGGACAAAACUAUGCCACAAGGAGGUAAAAAGCAUAAUGAACAAAUGAAAAUGAGUGCUAAACUAAUAGAUCUACAUUGCUUCACAACUCUGGCUUAAUACAAGGAACUUUACAUUUUAGUUCUGAUAUCAAAGUGUUUUAAAGCUGGCAUCAAGACAAUUUGGAAUUCCAUUUUAGUUAACCUUAAUCCUGUCCUCUUUCAAGUAUAAAUUUUUAUUCAAGUACACUUUUAACAGCUUGCUACAACAUUCCAUUAUAUCUGCCUAAUUUAUUUUGGAUAUUAAUAAAUCAGGCCAGACCAUAUGCAAACAGUACUAAUUUCCUGCUUGUCUCUGGUAAUAAGGCCAUGAAAUUAUGCUGUGAGAUAAAAGAUAUCAACGUUAAUGCAUUAAUUUAUAAUUUCUCUGGUCUUUAAAGGAGGCAGCAACACAUUGAUUUUUAAAUAUGAAUAGAAGAGAGCAGAAGAACAAAAUAUUAGUGUUGAGUCACUACCUACAGCACAAUUUCAAGACUCAAGUUCUUUUUCUUCCUUGCAGGUAGUCAGUUUGUAACCUUGUUUUCUUGCUGUAACAUAUGUUUCCAAAGAAAAAUAUUUCUGUAGUCAAAAGUACAAUGAUGGAAAUGCACAUUACAUCAUUAAGCAGUUGAAAGAGAAAGAUAAGUUAAGAUUUGCUUUAAGAUGAGUUAUGUGAUGCUAGUCUGUUUAAAAAAAGCUAUCUAGUUUACUUGAUGUUUUGACUAUUUGCUUCAAAACCUCAGGCGAACAAAGAAAAAUAGUGCAAUCAGUUGGACCGGUUUCAUGUUCCAAAUAUUGACAAAGUUUCCUCUGUAUGUGGGGCCAGUAGUUGAAAAAUAUUUUUUGAGAUGAAUUUUCAGCAUUAAAAGUACCCACCAUUAGAAAUGCAUUUUUUUAAAAAAGCAUCCACAUGAAGUUACUUAGAAUAUUUCAACUUGUGGAAAGUCUAUUUGCAUUCAUUCAAAUGCAAAGUUUUGUAUGGUGAAUGUCAUACCGUAGCUAUUUUGUGUGCAGCAUUUUCUUUAUUUAAAGGGUGAAAUAACUGGGGCAAAAUUUUUAGCGCUUGCCCGACCUGCUCGAGUGUAAAAUGAAGCGCAUUGACUUUGGGCGAAUGUCCCGACGUCAAAGCGCAGUCGCGCGAUAUUUCGUUUGGUGCGCGCGCGCCAGUGUUGGCAGCGCGCCUGCCAACAAAAGACCUGAUAAGGCCAGUAAAUUAUCAAUUAAGUUGAAUUUUUCGCUGUCUAUCUAACCUUACGGUUGGCAGGCAGGCAAAAAGGCCAAGCGGCCUUUGCACUUUUUAGGAAACCUCAUCCACAGGCGGGAUGAGAUUUCCUAAAGCAGAUAAAAAUGAAAUAAAAAUUUUAAACCUAAUUAAUAAUGAGCCUGCUCAUGUGACAGAGUCACAUAAGGGGACAUGUUUCAUGACAUUUUUCUUAUUUUUUAUGCUCCAUGCCUCGGGGUGAUUAUGAAACAUGUACUCAUGUGCAUGCACGAUCUUCGUGCUUGCCCUGCUCACACUCCUCUCCCCACCCACAUAGGCAGCGCUGAGCGCUGCCGCUUUCGCUUCACGCUGGGCGGGCCUUAAUCGGCUGGCUCGUGAAAUUGCCUUCAGGCUUCUCGACCGCCCCCACCAAGCCCACCUGACAAGGGUGAAAUUCUGCCCUAGGUAUUAAUAUGGUCUGUCAGUAGACAUUUUUUAAUGAAAACAAACCAACUUGAUCUACUAAGAUAAAAGCAAAAUACUGCAGAUGCUGGAAAUCUGAAACAACUUGACCUACUGUUUGUUUUACACUGGGGCCAAAACCCAGGUGUACAGAUUAUGCUCAUGGGAAAAAUUAUUGUAACUAAACAGGAGGAUGCAGCUAUGAUCAGAAAUUGUGGAUGUGUGUGUGUGGGUGUCUGUUACCUUUUGUAAUAAGUGUGCUUGAUGCUUUGAUCAAGACAAUUUUAUGCAUUUAAGAGUUUAUUUUUGUGUGUUCUGAAAUUUAGUAUGUUUUUUUUACAUGUGUAUAGUAGUGAAAUUUCACUAUAGUUUGAGUAAUGAUGUAAUGAAUUCCCUUUGUUAGCAUCAGCCUUUACUCUUGCAGUUGAUUUAGUUAUUCUUCUAACUUCAUUGCCAGGAAUGAUCACUGAUUGAAUUUAUUAUUGAACCAUUCCCAAUGUAGGUCUCUAUAAUUGAUAUAAUUCCAUCAGUGCCAAGUCUGCCCAUGUAUACUGUGAAACACAUUUAGUAGCUAUGGCCAGCUCUUUGAUAUUUGGUUCUACAUGCUAUCAAUGGGGAAAGUAUGGAUCAGCUGCUAACUUACUAUUGUUAGAGCCAAGUGCUGUAAUUGCGACCAUUUGGAUUUGCUAUGGAUGAGAUUUUGCUCACUAAGCCACCCAGAAAGUCCUUCAGUCACUGUCAGCAGCUAUCCAAGUUUUAGGGUUGCUUUUGUUGACUGAGGCAAGCUUAUAAUGUAAACUUGAAUUGAUCUCUACAGACGUAAAAGUUGCUGUUUAACAGCUAGUCUCCUGCUGGAAUGAACAAGAAUACUCCACAGUAUAGUUAAUAUUUUGGAUGGGAUGUUCUUUUACACUGUUUUACAUGGUUACUAAGUUUAUGGGAAAUUACUAUAAGGGCCAAGAGACACUAGUAAAUGAGUUUGUUGUGGAUUAACAAACUCAGUUUAAUGAAUUAUGAAACUCCAACUUCCUACAAAUUUAGAAUAUUGUUAUUUGAAUCACAUGUUUGUUUUUGAUUCUUAAAAGCAAAAUAAUGCCACCUAAAUACUGUCAUAAAAUGCAGUUGAUUCCUUUUGUGUUAAAAUUGGUAAUUUUUAGCUCUUGAGAUCUAGCAUGUUUCAAAUUUCUGAGGCUUUUCAAUUUUAUUUUUAAUGCUCACAUCUGUAAAGAUAAAAUAAUAUAUUGCUUUUGUCAAUCUGUUGUAAGUUGCUCAUGAAAUUUGCCACUGUCUUGAAUUUUACAUUUAUAUGUUUCCUUUCAGUGAUUACACAUUGUUUAUAAUGAACCUUUCUGUACAUCACUUUAAAUGUUAUGAUUUGAAUAAAAUGAAGUUUUAUUUCAUGAAA